GGAGGAGCUGGUAGGGGCGGGCUUCACCACCACGCCUCAGGGCGAGAUGAAACCUUUGCGGAGCCUCACUAACUUUUCCAGGCGGAAGAGAAGGAGAAUGGGGCUUUGAUGUGCCCCCACCCCCACCCCCAGCGACUUCCUGAGAAUCCGCUGCUGUCAGCUUUCGAAGCAGUCUUUUCCCUGCUCCUAGCACCUAAGAGCCCUUCAGCAUCUGCCCAGCCGGGCGGCCAGCUAGGCAGCUGUCGCUGGAGCACCCCAUGUCAAGCACUGACGCUGCCGUAGCUCCCGGGCCCCUGCAAGGGGCCGAAGCAAAUGAUGGUCGCCUGGGCUCCUUGGCCCAGGAAAAAUGUGAUAAAGAAAAUACUGAGAGGGGUAUAACUCGAGCCACCGGUAUCUGCCUCACACAUGGAGAGAUGCAGGACCAGUCCAUUUGGGGAAAUUGUUCAGAUGAUGAACUCAUCAGAACCCAACCUCAGCGCUUGCCUCAGCUUCUAACUUCAGCACCAGAACCAAGUGAGGAGGAAAUAGACAAGAUAAAGAACUGCCACAAAAGUCUGAGCAAUGGAAAUGGAAUUCACCAUGGGGCCAAAACUAUAUCUGCAGAGAGUCAAAGACUUUCAGCUCCCGUUUCUCAAAAAAUGCAUAGGAAAAUUCAGUCCAGCUUGUCUGUAAAUAGUGAUAUCAAUAAGAAGAGUAAAGUAAAUGCUGUCUUUUCCCAAAAGCCAGGCUCUUCACCUGAAGAUUGCUGUGUCCACUGUAUCCUGGCCUGCUUGUUCUGUGAAUUCCUGACCCUCUGCAAUGUUGUCCUAGGACAAGCUUCAUGUGGUAUCUGCACCUCGGAAGCAUGCUGCUGUUGCUGUGGAGAUGAAAUGGGGGAUGACUGUAACUGCCCUUGUGACAUGGAUUGUGGCAUCAUGGAUGCCUGUUGCGAAUCAUCAGACUGUUUGGAAAUCUGUAUGGAAUGCUGCGGAAUUUGUUUUCCUUCAUAAAUAUUUAUCUUUUGUUUGUGUUAAAACUGGAGAGUUUUUUAAAAAAAAUUGUUAAGAAUAAAAGCACAUGGUAAGAUUCUUAUGAAGCAAGCAACCAAGUAUUUGCUCUAUUAAUGCAUUUAAAGUAAUUUCUAAAAGCUUUUCUUUUUCCUCUAACCAAAUCUACAUGGUUUAAUAUGUGAAAUUUUAAUUACUUGUAAACUUCUUAAUAGAAAACAGUGACCAAAAGACAUUUUGACCAAAAAAAAAGCUAAAUAUCUCCCCCCUGUCAUACAUAUUUCUGUUUCUUUUAAUCAUUCACAGGAAUUUCUCUCUCCAAAUGUAUUAUUUCUCAGUGGGUACUAAAACCAGACUUUUUUUUUAUGUGUAUCUAUUAAUGGUUAACAGUAAACAUUUUUACUUUAAACUUUGGGAAACAAAUCCAAACAAUAGUUGGGCACCCAGUGUUUAUCUGCAUGCUGGUUUCCACUUUCUCCAUUUGUUCAACAGACAUUGAGUGCCUACUGUGUACCAUCUCUUGCUGAGAUGCAGAAAUGAAUGUCAUUCAGUUUUCAGCCACGAGAGGAUACAUUUUAGCACAGGAGAGAGACCUGCGAAAAAUGAACCUUAAGGCAUACCAAAGUGAGGAUUAUGAGAGAGAGACUCAAAAAGUUAUAGGAAUAAACAGAAAAAAACAGCUAAUAUCUAAGGAAUAUUCAGAAGGCUUCAAGCAGAAUGUGACAUUUGAGGAAGCUUCUUGAUUCAUCUGCUGCUUGAAUGAUUAUUUAGAUUUAGAACAAAGUUUUAGGUGAAUAGCAUGAACUGUGUGUGCCCUUGAGGAAAGAUGCAGUUAAAAGAAAAAUGCCAUAAGUAUGUAUUUUCUUUAGUUGUAGGGCUAUAGCUUUAAAAAACUAUAAAAUUUAACUAAAAUAUUCAUUUUACACAUAAUUUAAAAGUUAUAAUAAAUGUUUAGAUAAAAACAUAAGGCCUUAUAAAACAAGCUAUAUUUCAUAAAGAAUGUGAAGUAGUUUUGACAGAUUACAUUUAAAUUAGGAGAUUUUUAAUGUUAUAAUACCAAUGUUUUGAUUUUGUUUUAUUCAGAAGUUUUCUUUUUAUUUGAGAGCUAUGUGUAUUGUUUUUUAAGGGGGAGGUUGUAUGUUUGUUUUGGUCUGUGUCUGAAGCAAUGUUAUGUUUUAUAUACAGUUAAUCUUUAAUACAAGCCAUUACAAACAAUGGGAGUCUCGACAUGCACUACUGUGACCAGAUUUUAGUGUUGCAAUUUUAUGAUAAAUUGAACUAAUAUGAUAUGUUAUAAAACCUUAAGUGUACAAAAAUAAGUCAAUGAUAAAACUAACUAUACAGUUAUUGAGAUAGAGACUUUGUGUUGCACGGAUAAAAGGAAGAGGAAAUUUUCACUCUAUGUACUCUCCUAAGUUUGAUCUUCCCAGAGUUGUAGUUUGGUUGGAUUUAAUGUAAUGUCUUAUGGAAAUGUUGAAAAUAUACUUUAGAUUAAUAGUUACUUUCAGUUUUUCUGGUUGAAAAUCAAAUCACUUAUAAAAACAAAUGUAUUUUUUUAGGAAGCUUUUAGCAAACCUAGCCUUUUAAGAGAGGUUUUAAAUGUAAAGCAUGACAAUACCAGCUAUGUUUUCUCCUUUAAGAUGAAACCUAGUUACUACUUAUACCUUUACUUAAAGGGCUUUAAAAAAAUUAGCAAAUUCUUGAAUCCCCUGUUUACACACAUACACACACAACUUUAAAUGUUCUGGUUUAAAUAGAAUUCUAGUAAACAUCUGUCUUUCUCUUGUCUAAAGAAUGUGUUUCGAUUGCUACAUCAAAUAUAAGAACAUCUUUGUACUAUUUCUUACUAACCAGAAUCUGAAUAUUUACCUAUACCCAGCAUUACCUUAGGCAUAGAUAUUAGGAAGUAAAACUGUCAUCCGUGUAUUGACAUAUAAAGCCUUCUAAUGGAUCUGAAAUUCUUAAACUAUUUUGCUUUUUAUCCUGAAAAAAAUUUCAACUAAAUGGUUUGUCUAAUAUUUAAAUAUAUUCUGCUACUGUUCAUAAUAAAAAUAUUAGCACUUUUAAAUAAUAUUUUUCUGUAAGAGAGAACACUAACAGAAUUCUUCAUAUUUGUACCCAUAGUACUUUUCCUCUAUUGUCUACUUUGCAGUCAUUCCAUAAAAAAACCUUGUAUUAUUUUUUAAAAUUAAAGUAGGCAAAUGUGAAAAUAGUUACAAUAUAUUUUAGAAUUUUUGUAUGUAAAAUGUUUUGUUGAAUUAUAUGGCCAUCUUGACUAAGUGCUAUAGUUUAGAGUUAUAGAUUUGGUCUCUUUUUAAAUAUGGAAACUUAAUCUUAAAUAUUUUUAAACUCAACCUGUAUUAUCCUGAAUAUAUUAUUUUGAAAUAAUAAAAAAUGACCUCUCG